ACAUUGAUUAUUGAAGUUAUAAAUCAAUUUAUUAUAUUAUCUAAUAGCAUGGAUUGUUGCCUUCCCUGGUGCUCUUCCCUCGAUCAGCACCAACCAAGCACUCUCUUUAUGGUCAAUUUAACAGUUCCAAGUACCCAAAGGUUUCUUAAAAUUAUAUAUCGAAAAAUAUUGGCAUAACUAUUCACUAAACAUAAUUUUAGCUAAAUUCAUUAGCUUGUUCUUAGUGAGUUGACCUCUAAUAGUCAAAUCAUUAUUUAGUUAAAUUGUGGGUCUGGUUUCUAAACUUCCAGAGACAGAAAGCAAGAAACACAUAAAUACAAUAAAUAUACUGCCUCGAAACACUAUUAACUGGCUAAAUCAAUAUAAUAUUUGAUUUUUUUAAAAAAUAAUUAUUUUAAAAAACAAAUAUAUAUUACUAUGUGAUAUUAUUUUAUCGAGUGCAGCUUGGAUUGCACCUAAGUUUUUUCUAAUCAAACUCAUAUACUCUGAUUUUGAAUGAUUAUGUUUCAAUUUAAAACCACAGUAAUUUGAGUGUCAUUCUUCAUCCACAGCUCCCAACCGUCUUCACAAGACAAUAGAGCCUAUUUUGCCCAAUAUCAGUUUCCCAAUUGUUUGUAACUAGCUUCAGUUUAGUUUAGUUUAGUUUUUUUUUUAUUUUUUAUUAUUAUUAUUUUUUAUUUUUUAUAAUAACCUAAAACAAUCCCUUGUUCUCCUGGCGCCUCUCUGCCUGUUGAAGGGCUACAAAUACAGAGGACAAUGGCAGAUGGGAUGGAGCUGAGGAUUGAAAGAACUCCAAUGGAAAUUAAGCAUUCUGGAGGAUGGAGGGGUUUUCAAUGUUGUUCAUUUUACAUUUUCAUAUUAUGGCUAUAUUCAAUAUACUCAAACUUAAAACCACCAUCGUUACUCUAGGUUUAGACAUAGAGUAUAUACGGACAUCAACAAUAUCAUUUUUGUAAAGUAUUUAUAACGUCCCAGAAUAUGAAUGAGAGGAAUACUGGACUCGAUUAGAUAAUUUGGUGGAAUGCAUGAUCCAGUAGAUGGAUAAUUUUUCUAAAAUUCCCAAAUAGGCUUCUACUGUGUGAGUGAUCCUUACAAGCACGAAAAAAGAUAUUGCGUAGAAAUCAACUCUUGUUUCUCGAAUUAAAGGCUAUAUUGUCUUACGAACCACAUUCAAACAACGAGUCUUACGUGUCACACACGAUUAAUUCUUUAAGUAGAAAACUUCUUACUUCUUGACUAGACCUUCUGCCUGCCCAGCAUUCAUUCAUCAACCUCUUUCCUUUCUCACUCGUUCUCACUAUCUACGCAUCAAAAGAAACAAAGGCCUACGAAGUCAUUCUCAAGACGCAAAUCGAAGCUUAUAAAACCAAAAUUCCCACUGACCGAUUCCCAGCAAUGGGGUUUCUAGCUUCUCUGUGUUUCCUCUACCUCUGUGUUUCCCUCUUCCCAUCCCCUUCUUCUUCUUCUACCUUACUGUUUCAGGGCUUCAACUGGGAAUCAAGCAGCAAAGGAGGAUGGUACAACUCACUAAACAACAUAAUUCCUGAUCUUCUAAGUGCUGAAGUUACCCAUGUCUGGCUUCCUCCACCCUCCCAAUCAGUUUCUUCACAAGGAUACUUACCCGGAAGGCUUUAUGAUCUCAAUGCAUCGAAAUAUGGAACCCAGAAUGAACUCAAGUCUCUAAUUGCUACCCUCCAUGAGAAGGGAAUCAAAGCCAUAGCUGACAUAGUGAUCAACCACAGAACAGCAGAGAAACAAGACCAGAGAGGAAUUUGGUGUAUUUUUGAAGGGGGAACUCCAGAUAGCCGCCUUGAUUGGGGCCCUUCCUUCAUUUGCAGCGAUGACACUGAAUAUUCCGAUGGAAAGGGCAAUCCAGACAGUGGGGAACCCUAUCCACCAGCACCAGAUAUCGACCAUCUCAAUCCCCAAGUUCAGAAAGAAUUAUCAGAGUGGAUGAGAUGGUUGAAAACAGAAAUAGGGUUUGAUGGAUGGAGAUUCGAUUUCGUAAAAGGCUACGCACCAAGUAUUACAAAACUCUACAUGGAUCAAACCUCACCUGAAUUUGCAGUCGGUGAGAAAUGGGAUGGACUUUCAUAUGGACAAGACGGGAAACCCAAUCAAAACCAAGACUCACAUCGCGAUGCUCUUGCAAAUUGGGUUAGGGCUUCGGGCGACAUAGUCACAGCGUUUGAUUUCACAACCAAAGGGAUUCUUCAAGCUGCCGUUGAAGGAGAGCUAUGGAGGUUGAAGGAUUCUAACGGGAACCCGCCAGGAUUCAUCGGAAUCAAGCCGGAAAGUGCCGUGACUUUCAUCGAAAACCACGACACUGGCUCGACGCAAAGAAUGUGGCCGUUCCCUUCCGAUAAAGUGAUUCAGGGAUACGCAUAUAUUCUGACUCAUCCCGGAACUCCUUCCAUUUUCUACGACCAUUUCGUUGAUUGGGGACUGAAGGAGGAGAUAAUGAAAUUGAGUGGAAUCAGGGCAAGGAAUGGGAUUGGGAAAACAAGCACGGUGAAUAUUAUGGCUUCUGAGGGGGAUCUGUACGUUGCUGGUGUUGAUGGGAAAAUUAUAAUGAAGAUCGGAGCCAACACCAGUCUUGGGAAUUUGAUUCCGUCGGAUUAUCAGCUUGCCACUUAUGGAAUGGACUAUGCUGUUUGGGAGAAAAGGUGAAUCCUUGAAUGUCUGCCAUUGAUGGAAUAGUUCCUCUCUGCAGGUCCAUUUCCAUUUUCAAGAAAGUUUCCAAAUUAUAUAAUAUAAAUUAAUUAAUGAUGUCUCAAACAUUAAAUGGGAGGAACAGGUACUUGCAGUUUUUAGCCGCAGCAUAUCAUGCAUCUAUUUUCCAUUUUUUUUUUUUUUUUUUUUUUUUGGCAAGAUAGUAAAUAAUAGUAAGAAAUUAAUUUUUUUAAAGAGAGUUUCCCAUACGACAGUCUUUCAUUAGAUAAGUGGUUUGGUUACACUUCCAGCAAGGUUUUCUUUUUCUUUUUCUUUUUCUUUUUUGUAGAUGCUUCUUUUAUGAAAAUAGAAUAAAGUCCAUCUUUUCAGUU